AAAGUCCAGAGCGUUAAAAUCGUAGGCUCGUCCAAGAUAUAAAGCACGAAUGACCUGGUACUCAGACUCCCCACCCACAAACACUGAUCAUUAAACAACAGCAAUGGCCUCAGAACGUGCCCCUUACCAUCUCCCCCCUCUUCCUCUCUGGGCAUCUUCACGCCUUAGUUCUCUUCUGCGAAGCAAGACCGCGGACAGGUUCAACAAGAUUUUUGACUCUACUUUCGCCCAAAACCUCGAAGUCGUCCUCAACGGAAAAAGUCUCACCCGCAACGAGUACAAGGAGCUGUUACUCGCUAUGAGUGAGGCUGGACCCUUGGGAACUACCGAUGUGCAGAUUGAGGGAGAGACAGCAGUCAACCCAGCCCCUUCUGAAGAUCGAUUGGGAGGCUUCGUUGGCAUGCUCUACACAACUACGGGCACCUCCAAACGUAUCUUUGUGCUUGGCGCACCUGCGAGGUAUAAAGUUGUCUCUUCCAUUAACCUGAGGUACGUUGCGAUGCAAACUGCAUUUUAUGUCACUCGAUAACGAUCCCAAUCACCAUGCAGCGUGUCGGGGACGCUUUUCUCGCCCAGAGUCAAUCCCGUCUUCGAUCCUUUCUUCGAUGCACGGCGGGUCACCGCAGUUAACCAGAUCCUCCAGCCCAGGACUCUUAUUGUCUCAUUCCCUUGGUCGGUUGUACCCGCGGACGGAACUUCCGGCUCUGGAAAGGUAGAGCUAGGACCGGGGCCUGUUAACUUCACGCAAGUGGAGGAGGAACUUAGUGUGUUGGGGAAUAAAUUCAGCACCGCGACAG